AUGUUUACUGCAAGAAAUAUGAAAAGUAUACGCCGUUUUAAUCGAUUUUCUAUUUUUUCGGUCCUAACCGCUUCUAUCGAGCGCGAAGAGUCCGAACCCCAAACUAUCUUCUGGGAUAUAGACACAGCCCAGAACAUUCCCAUUUGGGCUGAGCCUAUCAUCAAAUCGACAGAACACGGAAUCAUGCCGGGCAGUACGAAAGACGAAAGUGAUCGUUUGAGGUGUGCUAUCGAGCUAAUCUACAACACUCCUAAGGAUCUUCGUUGGAGUAACUUAGGCUCAGCCGUUCGGAAAUUUGCUGAAUACGAAAUCAGCAAGGAAGACCUGGUAAGGCAUACCGGACAAAGUGUCACUCACGGAGUCGAACGUACUCUGUUGUUAGAAGCCUCUCAAGUUGUCGUGACCGUCGAUCAAGUACUACAAACUUUAGCGGAAUUCUUCCACAAACGAGAUCGAGAACAUUUCGUCUUGGACCAGCAAUUUGCUUUUCUACGCCUUAUAGCGUCUCAUACGAGUAGGACUCAAGUGUUAGCCACCUAUCGAGUACUUCAAUAUCGAACCACAGUAGCUUCGAAACACCUGGUGCAACAGAUCAACGCCAUUACCAAAAUGUAUGGAUCAGACACAGAUCAAAUGUCGGUCAGCUCCUACGAAUCGACUAGAGCAUCACUACGAUCCGUAUUCGGCAGUGGAUCUGCCAGGAAGGAAGCUGGCAAACUGCUUGCAAGACCUGAGUACUUUAGUAGAAUGCCUCAAGACUUAGUAGAGACUGCUGCAUAUUUGCGCGACCGAGCCUACAAGGAUCGUCCUAUCCCUAAAGCAUUCUCCAUACAUCGAUCCCGUGAUGCCCAACCAACGGAUAGACCUGAUUCCGUCUCAUCUAGAGAGUCUAUGAUUCCUACAACGAGACCUGAACUUGUGCGUAUCCCCGCAGCAAGUGAAAGUCAAGGUGUCAGGUUCGACUGGUGGCUACCACUUUUAUCUAUAACCUAG